GCCAGCCACGUCGCUCGCGGCCAGCAGGAGCUGCAGCAGCGCCUCGACGGGACGCACGGCGGAACGCGCCAGCCACUUGCCUCGACGCCUUCCCCGCGAUCGCUGCUUGAUGGGCCCGGCGGGGCGACGCCCGGCGCUGCUGCUGCUGUGCUUGCUGCUCCUGCUGCGGACGGCUACAGGAAGCCCAUUGGGACAUGCUGCACCGCGGACCCGCCGGGGACUCAUCCAGCUCGCCGGGGCGAUCUUGUGCACCACACAGCGCUCGCCGUUUGCCUACAUGCGCUAUGGGUGCUACUGCGGUUUGGGAGGGACCGGCUAUCCCAGGGACAAAGCAGACUGGUGCUGCUUCCAACAUGACUGCUGCUACGGAGAAGCCGAGAAGGAGGGAUGCUCCCCCAAGUUGCAGAAGUACACCUGGGAGUGCGAGAACAACUCGGCCAAGUGUGAGGAUAUAGAAGACAAGUGCCAAAAAAUGGCUUGCGAAUGCGACCGCGAAGCAGCCAAGUGUCUGGCGAGCGCCCCCUACAAUUCCCAGUAUUUGUUCUGGCCAGAUACUUUAUGUGGGUCAUUCAACCCUCAAUGUGAAGAUGAUUAAGAAAGGGCGUCACUUGGGUCAGGCUUCACGGACAUGGGACGUUCCCCUCCUCGAGUCACUUCUCAAAAACAAAUCAAAGCGGCUCUAGAUUUCACCCAGCUUUGGAUGGGUAUUGUCUAGACACACACACACCGACUUCCAAAUAAUUUCAGCCAUUCUUCAAACAGGAAAUGUUUCCCCAAACAGAAGGGGAUAACAUGCUCCAACCCAGCUCCUUGGCCCAGGUGACCCAAGGCUGCCUACCUAACCUCGGUACAUCUCAUUUCAAUUCAGUAUGUGAUAUUCUCCUCUGGGUUAUAAGUCUGAAGUGUCGUCCAGAAAGGACUCAGCCCCCAGAGUAACCAUUUCCUUAUCUUGUAUACCCCAGGCAAAAGUUUGCUUGACCAUGAAACCUCAGACCAGCCUACCUCACGGGGCUGUUGUGAAGGGAAGAAGGGGGAGAGGGAGAAGAAGAAGGGUUUUUGGUAAAAAUGUCAUACUAAUAAUAAAUAUUAGAAAAAAAAUCUUCCGUUUUAAUUCUUAAAAAUGUUCAUAGGCAAAUCUGAAGAUCAUAUCAUUACAAACGCAGAGUCAAGUUUAAUUUAUAGGGGCACAUCAUUUAAAAUAAAGCUAAUCUUGGUUUUGGCAUACAUUUAACGAGUGGCAACAGGAGGCGUUCGUCUACGUACAGGGAAAAAGCCCACCGUCUCACAAUCAAUUGGUAUUUACGUGCAGAACAUCUUUCCCCUUUUUUUCUAAAAGAAAAAGUGGUAGCAGUUGGCAAGUAGAUCUAGUAAAUCAAUACAGCAACAGAAAUUACUUCAAAUUCACAAACAUGACCAGAGCUGUGUGUGUAAGGAAAAGGGGUCCUUGUCAGGAUCUGAGCCAUUUUUAGAAGGGUCAGGUGUCUCUUAAGGAUAUACAGCUGCUUAACGUGUAAAUGCAGGACUCGUUUUGCACGAAAAAGGAGCCUGACUGCUUCGAUUUCUCAUCAGGCUUCUUGUGCGGCAUGGCCAGAUACAAAGGUUGGCGCUUCGAUUAGUCCAAAAGCAAACGUUCUGAUUAUAGGGAAAUUAACUGUUCCUUCUCCACGAGGAAAAGCAGAAAAGCACCUCCCUUCACUUGUUGCCGCCGUCACAGCUUUGGAAAGGAAGACUUGCUGCAAAAGUAGGUGUGCCAUUAAAAAAAAAAA